GGGUGGUACCUAUUGACAGCCAAGACGGGCACAAAUGACGAAUGGCCUCGGGUUCAGGCUCAGGGGUGGAGAGACCCCCCCGCGAUGCGCUGCGCUGUUCCCUUCUGUGGGCCCGCUGCCGCUUAUUUACGAGGAUGACUGGACCCGACUUCCAGGUUAUUUGGUGUUUGCGCCGUGAACAACUCACCAAGUCACCAUCGCUGGAUCCUGCCAUAUUCCAUGACAUGUACUCCAACCUUUGGACCGAGACGGACCUAGGAAUAUCCAACUUCAAGUCGACACGGCCGUGGAGAGUAUGCAAACCAGUCCGGGUUGUCUCUUGCUGCUGAACAGACUUGACGACGCUGCCCAAGAUGGCGCAACCGCAACCUGCGGUCGAUCCGAAGGCCUUUUAUGGCUACCUCUUUCAGGCGGACAAGAAGCCUACCAAGUUGCUUUAUCUGCUUCUCAGAGGCAUCGCAAACUACAUUGUGAGUAUGCGCGGAAGGGUCGCGAUGGCGCAAAGCUCCAGCUACAACUGUCACAGCUGAGGUGUUUGCGACUCGGAGGGCCUGGCGCUUACCUAUACUGAUGACUGGCAGAGAGAGAAUGUUGGAGAUACCGACGACAAGAAGCUCACUCCCGCCAAGCUGGCCAGCUUCUACAAACUUGUUGGAGGCAACUACGAUUGUGGGUGAUCCCUAUCCCUAUUCCCAUUCCCAUUCUCAUUCCCAGUCCUCUACCCUGAACCGGCCUGACAUGAUGUUGUACGACAGCGCUGUUCGUCGAAGUACCGCAUCCCUCGAUAUCCUGGAUAUACGCCUCCAUAGGCUGCCAGCAUACCCUCCAACCUACGGAAAACGAUUUUACUCCUCCAUCCGUUCCCGCCCUCACCACGAAAGGGUUCGUCCGAUGGCAGUCCAUAGAGAUCCUGCUGGGUCCCGAGGAACAUGUGCCAUUCAUACAGAAUGCUGUGGGAAGUUUCCACAUAAAGAACCCGGAAACCGGGGAGGUCUUUCCGGUUGAACUGCCGAAGGAGGCAUUUCCACUCAAACCAGACGCAGAGAUAGAACGGUGGCACAGCGAAUGUGCCGCCAAAUUACGGGAAAGGGCUACCCCAGACGAAGAGGAUGUAUCACUGCGUCCGGAUCUGCCUCCACGCCCGAAAGUACAAACCGCCUACAAACAUGUGCGACCCGAGUACUUUGCCAAAGAGCCUAGAUCGCGUGUUCCAACCAGACCUAUUCCAUAUCAGCAUGUACCCGUUGCUGCUGGACGAGCGGAACGCCCAAAAUUGUCCAGAUCUCCAGAUCAUAGAGCUCGUCAAUUUCUUGCGCCGGAAGAACCGCUUUCUCCCCGUCUUGCGAGAGCGAGAAGACGUAGCUAUCCUGAGAAUCUGAAUUCUCCUGGUACAAGUCCCACAGGUGCCCCACCAGGACCAUCGUUAAGACCUCCGGAGCAUUCACACGCGCGACGACAUAGUCAUCCAAGACAUCCUCGUCAUGGAAGUGUUUCUCCCGAUGCAUCUUCUGAAGAUGAUUAUGAUCCACAUUUAGAUCCAUCAGCCACUGAACCGAGACGCCGUUCACAUCCCACUUCUUACCGGGGAGUACAAGUGGAAGAGGAAGUUAAUUCACCACGUUUUGGUCCCUCGGUAGCGAUGCCACCACCACCCGCGUCACCUAGAAGAAGAUUGGCACGGUUUCAUGAGGCGAGGGAUAGGGAUGAGGAAGCCAAGAGGCGGAGCUACGCAAUACCGGUUGAUUUAUCCGGCAAGCUCUCAACUCCAUUCAUGAUGGAUAGGGAUCGCGAGCGGGAGCGUGAGCGUGAACGAGAAAGAGACCGAGAAAGGGAUCCUCGAAGUAGUUCUAAGAAUGCAGGCAAGGUCAGCUGGAAAGACCUAGAUUUUAGUGACAUGUGGAAAAGAUCCAGCAAGGAAUCCUCUCAGGAUGAACACUCGGGUCAUUCAAGACAUCGAAGUAGUGGUGAGGAUAGGUCUGAUUAUAAAAGACGAGAUCGAGAACGGGAUAGGGAGAGAGAACCUAGACCACGACCUCAUUCGAGACGAAGUAGUCCUACCCCUGAGGAUAUCUUGCGUCGAGAACGAGAAGCCGUUCCUAUACGACCGAGACCCCAUUCGAGGAGAAGUAGUCCAGAGGAACUUCCCCGACGGGAGCGGGAUAGGGAUAGGGUUCGUGAGAGAGAUUUGGGAGGUAGAGGGGAGGGACGGGAGCAUCGUAGUUUGAGGGAGAGAGAUCGUGAAAGGGAGAGGGAGAGGAGGUAUGAAAGUCCCCUCAGAGGGGUUGAUGGAAGGAAAUAUCCGAGUCAUAGUUGAGUGGGGUUCGAAGUAGGUUUGGAUGGUAAUGAUUUAAUGUGACGGAUGAUGCUAGCUAUUAUGAUUUAGCAAAGGGACGGAUAUAUGGGAAGGCUAUGGCUAGUUAUGGGGGAUGGAUAUGAGAAUAUUUGU